GUACCAUUGUUCAUUCCUUCGAAGCACGUGGAUAAUGGCAAAUAUCAGAGAUAGAACCGUAGCUCCCCAAAAAGGAGUUGCGGAUGAAACUACCCCUCUUAUCGCGCCUGGCACUACCUCGAAGGUAGACGAAAUUGAAAAUGGCGAAGUAGAAGCACAAACUUCGGAUUCUGAGGAGUCCGAGAAGCUGCCUAUGGCGCAGAUUAUGUUACUCUGCUUUGCUCGUAUUACUGAGCCCAUUGCUUUCUUCUCCGAGUCUAUUCUUUCCUUCACCCAAAUGCUCCACAUGAUCCCCUGGGGUCGUGCCGCCGACAAAUUCGGAAGAAAACUAGUUCGCGUCAUUUCUAUGGCUGGUUUAUCUGUUACGAGUGCAUUGUUCGGAACGAGUCGAUCCAUCUGGCAGAUGAUCAUGUAUCGGUCUAUUGCAGGAGUAUUCUCGGGGUCUAUUGUUGCUGUCCGUGCGUCUAUUUCAGAAAACAGUACACCAAGAACACAAGCACGAGCAUUCGGCCACUUCGCAUUUUCAAACAAUCUGGGCAUUUUUCUAGGUCCCUUUAUGGGUGGUGCCCUUUCUCGACCAGCGGACCAGUACCCUUCAGUUUUUGGCAGGAUCCAAUUCUUCAGGGACUAUCCUUAUGCUCUGCCAACCUUUACGACUGGGUUAAUCGGCGCAACUGCAUGCGUAAUAUCUGCUCUAUUCAUUAAAGAGACACUUAAAAAGACGCCUAAAAAAGGUGUUAACGGGUUGCCACCUAAAGUAAUGACGAUAACCGAGAUAAUGAAAUCGCCCGGUGUCUCGCGAGUCUUAUUUAUAUAUACUUUUACCAUGCUUCUCGCUCUCGCAUACACAGCUAUCGUGCCGGUUUUCUACUUUACCAGUGUCAAAUUGGGAGGCUACGGCUUCAGUGAAUUCCAAAUCUCAAUUUUCAUUGGAGUUGGCGGCCUCUCUCAAGCUAUAUGGCUACUCCUAAUUUUCCCAAGGCUACAACGACGCAUUGGAGCUGGUGCUGUUAUGCGAUUCUGUGCUUCUGUAUGCCAGUUUGCUGCUUGUCAACUAGCCAUCAAUGACAUCUCACCUUCUCCGGAGACUUUGGGUACUGUGAACGCAAUCAGCCUGACACUGAAUAGUGAUCUUCGGACCGUUGCACCUGCUCUGUUCGCCAGUCUUUUUGCCACUGGUAUUAAAGAACAAAUAUUCAAGGGCUACUUUGCAUGGUUCAUACUUAUUCUUUUGGCGAUUGGUUAUAGAGGAAGUUUGCGUUGGCUUCCUGCCAAAGCAGAGGGCAAAAUAAACAGUCACUCGACCACGGCGACAGGUUUCCGUGAUACAGACGAAUGAAGGGCGUCUACAUACUUCUUACCGGAAAAGACUUUCUGAUUUCACGGAUGAUCGUGAAGACAGAUUUCUGCUUGGCCGAGGUUGUCUUUCUUUUUUAUGAAACACGACGCUACUACA